CCGUAGCGGGCCAGGCACCGAGGCGCGCGCGGAGCCGGGUGGCCGCAGCGUCCCCGCGCGCGGCCGGGCCAGGUAGGAACGCGUCGCCGCAGCCGCCCUGGCCAUGCGGCUGCCGGACCGGAGGCCUGGGCUGGGGCCCGCGCCACCCCCCGCGCGCCGCCCCCGCUGAGCCCGCGCCCGCCCGGGCGCCGCAGGCACCAUGGUGCAGAAGUCGCGCAACGGUGGCGUGUACCCCGGCACCAGCGGGGAGAAGAAGCUCAAGGUGGGCUUCGUGGGGCUGGACCCCGGCGCGCCCGACUCCACGCGCGACGGCGCGCUGCUCAUCGCGGGCUCCGAGGCCCCCAAGCGCGGAAGCGUCUUGAGCAAACCGCGGGCGGGCGGCGCGGGAGCCGGGAAGCCCCCGAAGCGAAACGCCUUCUACCGCAAGCUGCAGAAUUUCCUCUACAACGUGCUGGAGCGGCCCCGCGGCUGGGCGUUCAUCUACCACGCCUACGUGUUCCUCUUAGUCUUCUCCUGCCUUGUGCUUUCUGUGUUUUCCACCAUCAAGGAGUACGAGAAGAGCUCCGAGGGGGCCCUCUACAUCUUGGAAAUCGUGACCAUUGUGGUGUUCGGUGUCGAGUACUUUGUGAGGAUCUGGGCUGCGGGCUGCUGCUGCCGGUAUCGAGGCUGGAGGGGCAGGCUCAAGUUUGCCAGGAAGCCAUUCUGUGUGAUUGAUAUCAUGGUGCUGAUAGCCUCCAUUGCUGUGCUGGCUGCUGGCUCCCAGGGCAAUGUCUUCGCCACGUCUGCGCUUCGGAGCUUGCGGUUUCUGCAAAUCUUACGUAUGAUCCGUAUGGACCGGAGGGGUGGCACCUGGAAGCUGCUGGGAUCAGUGGUCUACGCUCACAGCAAGGAGCUGGUGACUGCCUGGUACAUUGGCUUCCUCUGCCUCAUCCUGGCCUCAUUUCUGGUGUACUUGGCAGAGAAGGGUGAGAAUGACCACUUUGACACCUAUGCAGAUGCACUCUGGUGGGGCCUGAUCACCCUGACGACCAUUGGCUACGGGGACAAGUACCCUCAGACCUGGAAUGGGAGGCUGUUGGCAGCGACGUUUACCCUCAUUGGUGUCUCAUUCUUCGCUCUUCCCGCAGGCAUUUUGGGAUCCGGCUUUGCCCUGAAAGUCCAAGAGCAGCAUCGGCAAAAACACUUUGAGAAGCGGCGGAACCCUGCAGCAGGUCUGAUCCAGUCUGCCUGGAGAUUCUACGCUACCAACCUCUCACGCACCGACCUGCACUCCACGUGGCAGUACUACGAACGCACGGUCACUGUGCCCAUGUACAGCUCACAAACUCAAACUUAUGGGGCCUCCAGACUCAUCCCACCUCUGAACCAGCUAGAGCUGCUGAGGAAUCUCAAGAGCAAAUCUGGACUCACCUUCAGGAAGGAGCCACAACCGGAGCCAUCACCAAGUAAAGGCAGACCGUGCCGAGGGUGCCUGUGUGGAUGCUGCCCCGGACACUCUAGUCAGAAGGUCAGUUUGAAAGAUCGUGUCUUCUCCAGCCCCCGAGGCGUAGCUGCCAAGGGGAAGGGGUCUCCCCAGGCCCAGACGGUCCGGAGGUCCCCCAGUGCUGAUCAGAGCCUGGACGACAGCCCAAGCAAGGUGCCCAAGAGCUGGAGCUUUGGUGACCGCAGCCGUGCCCGCCAGGCCUUCCGCAUCAAGGGUGCUGCUUCCCGGCAGAACUCAGAAGAAGCAAGCCUCCCUGGGGAGGAUAUCGUGGAGGACAACAAGAGCUGUAACUGCGAGUUUGUGACCGAGGAUCUUACCCCUGGCCUCAAAGUCAGCAUCAGAGCUGUGUGCGUUAUGCGGUUCUUGGUAUCUAAGCGGAAGUUCAAAGAGAGCCUGCGCCCGUAUGACGUGAUGGAUGUCAUUGAGCAGUACUCCGCUGGACACCUGGACAUGUUGUCCCGCAUCAAGAGCCUGCAGUCCAGGAUAGAUAUGAUUGUGGGCCCCCCACCCCCUUCAACUCCCCGGCACAAGAAGUACCCUACCAAAGGACCCACGGCCCCUUCGAGAGAGUCACCCCAGUACUCACCUAGAGUGGACCAGAUUGUGGGGCGGGGCCCGACAAUAACGGACAAGGACCGCACCAAAGGACCGGCAGAGACAGAGCUGCCCGAAGACCCCAGCAUGAUGGGACGGCUCGGGAAGGUGGAGAAACAGGUCUUGUCCAUGGAAAAGAAGCUAGACUUUCUGGUGAGCAUCUACACACAGAGAAUGGGCAUCCCGCCAGCAGAGACAGAGGCCUAUUUUGGGGCCAAAGAGCCUGAGCCGGCACCACCCUACCACAGCCCAGAGGACAGCCGUGAACAUGCAGACAAGCACGGCUGUAUCAUUAAGAUUGUCCGCUCCACCAGCUCCACGGGCCAGAGGAACUACGCGGCACCCCCAGCCAUGCCCCCUGCCCAGUGUCCUCCAUCCACCUCAUGGCAGCAGAGCCACCAGCGCCACGGCACCUCCCCUGUGGGAGACCAUGGCUCACUGGUACGCAUCCCGCCACCCCCGGUACAUGAGCGGUCUCUGUCUGCCUAUAGUGGGGGCAACAGGGCCAGUACCGAGUUCCUGAGGCUGGAGGGCGCCCCGGCCUGCAGGCCCUCUGAGGCUGCCCUGCGGGAUAGCGACACGUCCAUCUCAAUCCCAUCAGUGGACCAUGAGGAGCUGGAGCGCUCCUUCAGUGGCUUCAGUAUCUCCCAGUCCAAGGAGAACCUGGAUGCCCUGGGCAGCUGUUAUGCGGCUGUGGCGCCGUGCGCCAAGGUCAGGCCCUACAUCGCAGAGGGGGAGUCUGACACAGACUCAGACCUCUGCACACCAUGCGGGCCCCCUCCACGCUCUGCCACUGGUGAGGGCCCCUUUGGAGAUGUGGGUUGGGCAGGGCCCAGGAAGUGAGACUGGGCUCCUGGGCCCCAUGCCACACCCACUCUGGUUCCUGGUUUGGAGCUGGCGUUCCAUUCCAGGGCCUUUCCUAAAGCGACAGAAUGACAUAGAGAUGUGUGGUUUGUGAGGAUGCUCGUGGUUCUGGCGCUCAGGGUUGAUGUGGAGUGGAGAUGAGGCAGGACUCCUUGGCACAUAUGGUAACACUUUACAGAAGUUCUUUUCCAACCAGGAGGGGGAUGUUGAGGCCGGGCCCUGGAGGCCCCAGGAGCCACCUAUGACAGCAAAGCUAGCCCUGCCUAGUCUUCUUGGGGGAACAGCUAUUGCCCUGUGAAUGAGGAGGGACAGAGUGAUGUUGGCACCUGUGAGUCGGGGUGUGGCUGGGAGCAAGGACAUGGGAGGUAAUGGUGAAGCAGACCUGUCUACUUCUGAUGGCCAGUCCUAAGGCCCAUGGGUCUCUCAGUUUAGGCUGUAAGCACAGGAGAUGUAGUAGGUCGCUGGAAAUGGCCCACUCUCACACCUGACUACUUAUCCCUCGGGUCCCGACUGUCCCAGUAAAGCAUUACCAGACCCCCUGUUUGUGUGUGGCUGGGUAAUGCCUCUCAUCCCUGGGGCACCUAGCUGCAGAGCUGCCGGCCAGCAUCUUCCUCCCUCUCCUAGGUUAUGUGGCUCUUUCCGUGGAAGCCACCCUUCGAUCAGGAUUCUUUUCCUGUAGCUGAGGAAGGAGUGAGGCCUUAGAGACCAACCUGGAGCUUAGAAUUGAUCUGUGGAUUCUCCUGGCUUCCACCUCUUGGGGGAGGACCCAACUCACAGUGUUUUCUGAAAGGGUUGCAUUGGCAGGUUCUGGCUGCCUCAUCCCUGGCACUGUAGCCCAGGAGGUAUGAGUGGGCACUUCAUGGCCUCUGCUCUUUCCUGGUGUGGCCAGCACUUCAAGAGAACCACCUGGUAAAUAGACCAGCACUGCCCUUAGCCAGGGCACCCCCUUACCUUCUGUUGCCUACUUGGCUCUACAGAUUCAGGCAGGGCUGAACGACACGGCAUCUUCAAACUGCCAGCUCUUUCUACAUGAGAGCAUGGCCUCUGAGCCUGGUCAAGGAUCCUUCCCACAGGAGCUGGCCACCCACAGUCCCUUACCCACUGAUAGGUCCCUUGGCUGUGGCCUCUUGGUGUUUGGGGAAUUGGGAACACCUUGUCUCCUACUCUGGUGAGGAAUAAUCUCUGUCCUCUGGUAUGAGUGGGCAUCUUGGAUCACCCGGUAGCCAGCUUUAGAGGGAGACAAGGUAGAUGUUGUGGUCUCACAACAUCUGGUCCAGAGGUGCCUGGCAUUGAGUGAUAGCAUUUUGGGGUGGGGUUCUCAGACCCUCUGAAACAUCAGCUUUCCUGAUCACUGAGGACAAGUACUGUAGAGCUUGAGCCUGGGCAGAACUCUAUGUACUUCUCCCACCUCUUAAAAAGUGUGUUCUGGCAGGGGCAGAGGUAGCUUGAGCGGGGGUUCUACACUCAGCAGAAGGCCCUCAAUCUCUGAGGAGAGCUUGAGGUCAUGUGUUUGUCAGUGACCUGGGCAUUAGGGAGCCAUGUCUGCUGUCUGUUGUGGCUACAUGUCCUCCAAGUCAGGGCCACUAGGAUCUCACUUCAGGGUGCCUUUGCUAGGCUCCUAGCUGGGCAUGGCAGAGGAUGUAGACAGGAAGAAUAGCUAUACCUUCACUAGCUCUUCUCUUGGAGAGAUGAGCCUGAGUCUGAGCUCCUCCCCCUCUGUGUCAGGACAGGAAGACUCUAGAGCAGUGGGACAAGACCAUCUAACCCCGAACAAACCAGCAGCCAGAGUUCUCCCUCCCUAGACCUGGGCAGGCCAUAACUGUCUCAGCUCCGGGAGAUGUGGGAGAGCGGUUUGCAUCUGUCCUACAUGCUCCAGACAGUGUGCCCUGUUUCCUGAGUGGCCCCACAUCCUGUCCCCAGAGCUGCCAUCCAUACAAGAACCUGGGGUACCCUGAACUAGGGUUUUGUGGAAUGACGAAGGUGGACAGACACCCCAUUCCCAGAAACCGUGGCCACAAAGAGUUUAUCAGAAGUCCUUUUUCAGGUUACAGCAAGAGGGAGACGGGAAGGCCAUGGCCUGCUCUGCCAGUGAGCACUGGUCAAGACUGCAGUUUUGGCUGCUCAGAGGAAGGAAGUGUAUCUUAAGGGGUGACAUGGAAGCCCUGAUGUGAGAGGUGACUGAGUCCCUUCUUGGGGGACCUAGCUCCAGCAACAAAUGUCUACUGCCUUGGCAUCCCCACUCUCAGGGAAGCAGGACAGGGUGGAGGCUGAAGGCUCUAUUCACAUGUGACCAAGUGUGGCUGAAAUGGCUGAAGGCCAGCAGCUGCCCCAUGGCAAAAUUUCCCUCAGAAAACAUUUGUGGUCCCAACACACUCCCUCACAUGCCCACCAGCAACAUGCCCAUACACUGGGCACAUGUGUACAUUCACAUAUGCACACACAAAAGCUUACAGACCAUGCUUUCAGUGAACACACAAGUAUACACACACAGACACAAGUGUACAUACAACAGGUGUACUUUCAAACAUGUAUUUCUUGUUAUACACGUGCACACAAAAGCUCACACAUAGUUUUCCAGACCACACGUAAUAGGUGUAUUUACCUAUGCACACGAACACACAUAGGAACUAAGAGGCUCCAUCAUAUUAAUUCUGUAUAUACAUAUACAGCAGGUAUCCACUUUUAUACCUGAAUAUUCACAUAGAUGCGCACACACACACACACACACGUACGAGUAACCUGUAUGUAUAAUGUAUGCACAUACAUAGGCUUUCCUCUCUCUACACACACACACACACACACACACACACACACACACACACACACACCUUUUUCUUUUUGGCUCUUCCUGAUGGAAACUGCCUGGGGACAGAGUCACAAGAAUUAAUGACAAAUGUUCUAAAAUGUUGAGCCUGACUGCGGUGGGAGUUCUGGAUAUUUAGGUUUUCUGGGCAUCAAUGGUAGAGAGUCCACCUGAAGCCCAUUGAAUUCCCACACUGCCCUCUCCCUGGACUAAAUGGUGGCUGUCUGCAGGUAGCAAGAGAGGCUGUGGCUAGGUCAGAGCAAGGGCAGCCCUAGUGCCUACUGAGGUCCAGAUCAGUCUUGCUAUUGGCCAUUCCACAGUCCUCUCUUGUACACAUGCCUGCUUCAUCAUGCCAGGCUGCGAUUGGUGUUUUUUGGCAUCUCCCUUUCUUGUCCCUUUCAAUUGUGGCCUCCAGAUAGUGCACUCUUGUCUACCAGGGCCAGGACACCUGGGGUGAGGUCCCAUCUGCUGUCUUCCCUGUGGUCUGGGCAGACCAAGUGUCCAUUUGAGGCUAUAAGCUAGCUCUUAGUUAUGCUUUCACUUUUAGGGGGCCUCACUUGAAAUCCCCAUUGAGAAGCUGAGGGGUCACUGAACACUGCAUGAACCUCCUUGGAGGAGGCUUUCUAAGCUGUAGUUUCCUCAGUAACUAGAUAUAGGGGAUAUAGAUCCAGGGCCAUCUUCCAUGUUUAAUGCACUGGUUUAAGGUUCUUUCUCCCUUUGAGUUGAUGGCUCCAGUUCAGAAUGUGAAAAGGGGGGCCACCAUGCCUUCUGCCACCCUCUUGGGUUAUCCUGUAUCAGGGGCAUUGUGAAGAACACCCUUGCUUUUUAUGGAAUGAGCUGGGCCCAGAGAUGUCUUCAGACCUUCCCCAGACAUGGGACAGGAAUGCCUUUCUGAAACACUGGAGUGUGGGUCUUUCAGCCCUCUGGCUGUAAGCAGUGUAGAGAAGAGGCUAAGACACCAUGACUCACACCCUGAUAUCAGCAGGUAACACUUAAGUCUUUCUCUUUGAAAUAAACACGGAAAACAUGGUUUGAACAGUGGGACCCACUGGGCAGGGACUCAGAGGUGUCUGGUGCGCGUUGUAUCCCAGCAGGGUAGGCUGGGGUUAGAGUGGAGAGUCUGUACAGGGUACCCUUGAAGCCCAGACUCAGAUAGCUGGCCUCAAACCCUGCUGCCCUGGUACAGAGAGACCAGCCUUCUGUUCCCUGACACCUCCCAGGGCAUAGGAUAUAGGGUGUGGGGAAAGAGGAAGCCUAUCUGGCUGUCCUAGGCUCCUACUGUGCCCCAGCUGAGCUAAGGAGGCAAGAGCUUCUCAGAGGAGGUAUUAUGAUGGAAAUGAAGAUUUCUAGUAGAGAUCCAGGUGCCUCUUCCUUCUGAGGAGUCCUAAACACGUGCCCAACACAUGCCUGAGGGCCUAGGAGGCCCAGCAUCUCUGAAAGUCAGUGAAUUGGGGCCACCAUUUUCUGAAUUUUGCUUCUCUAUGAUGUGGUUCUGGCAGCAGUCCUUGAGGAGAACCAGGAAAGGGGGUGGAGAGUAAGGGUUACACUCUAGGAAGGAGACCCAUCAAAUAUCUGGAGGUGCCAGGUUUUAAGUUUGUUCAGAGCUGUCUUUGAUGCUCCGCUUUGUGCCCUGGCUGACAGAGGAUGCUGGGUCUGGCCCAUGACCCACCCUGAUGUUCCCCUGGUGUCUAAGCCUCUGUCAGAGAAGGGAUAGUUCCCAGGCUGUUUUUUUUUUUUCUGGGACUCUCGGGCAGGCGUGCACAUCGCUAACACCGCACAUCCAACCGGGACUGGCUUUUACAAAGUUGUUGCCUUAAAGUAUGUUGAGGGAAAUCCACCAAGGUCACCCCUGCCUCUGCCUGAUACACACACACACUGGACUCUGUCUCCAGGUCCUGCUACUGGAGAGGAGUGCUGGCAUGAUGGGCUGCCACUAGUAGUCCCACAUGGAGGGGCUCAAAGCUGUGAUCCCCUUGACAUCAUCCAUCUGCCUGGGAUGGCUCCAUACAUAGUGCAGCGCACCGUGCGAUUCCAGUCCACACCUGCCCAUUGCAGUCUUGUCCCCCGGCCGCAGCUGCGGCUGCAGCUUUCCCCAUCUGCGCUGUUGCCUUUGGCUGUCUUUGCACUUUUGUUCAUGCUCCAAAGAAUAUUUCAUAAUGCCUUCAUACUGACAUGCACCCUAACCAUUUUGUACAUGCCCUUGGGCCACAGCUACUGGCCUUCUCCUUUCGGCCAGCGGGCUGCCACCCGCGCACAACGCUGUCUUCUAGGGACAGAUGCCCAGGGAAUGAACUCUAGUUUUCUAACGGACUAGCUGAAAUGCUAACUUACUCAACAUGAACAGGAUAUCUGUGCUGUGUGGGCGGGCCAACGUGAGCUCGCAGGGAACUUCGGGGCAGAAUGCUGCAGCAGGGAUGCAUGUGGAUGGUUCUGGAAAGUUUUGCUGCCACAGGGCUGAGUUCAGAUGCCCAGUGGACCUGUGCACUUAGUAAAACACAGUGAUUCAACCUGGA